AUGGCUUCGGAGAACGUUUACGUGAUUAUAUACCCAAAUGGUGAAAUCUCUCAUACAGCAGAAGGUACUACAUUCGUUUGCGAUGAUCCACUGGGGAUAAUGAUUCCACCACAAACAUCGUUGCAAGAGUUGAAGAAUCUGAUUCUGAUGCAUACCGGAAUGGUUGGAAAAAAAGAAAUCAGAAAGCUGACUUAUAGGAUGCCGGUUGUAGUGGCCAACUCGUUUUCCUAUCAAAAAAUGCAAAUAAAAUCCGAUCAGCAUGUGUCGAUGAUGUUUUCUUACCAUCGCAGCAUAGGAAGCAUCUAUUCGUUGGAGCUUUGUCUGAAUCUUCAAGAUAUUGGUGGAAGCUCAUCCAGUUCAAAUAAUGUGGAGGGUGUGAGAAAUGUUGGGGCGGCUGAUUUUGUUCCGGCUCGGGAUACUAGUAGGGCCCCAAGUCCAAGUUUCAACGCGUUCGUCCCGCGAGAACAGAGUGUAGGUAUUCGUGGAGCACGCCCCGCCCCUUUUACACAUUUUGGGGUCGAUAUGGUUCUUGAUGCUGCUAUUGCAGAUACGUAUGACGAGGAUGACAUUGAAGAUUUCAAUGAUGGUGAGGCAGAAGCCGUUCCGGAGAUGCAGCCUCUGGAUGAAAAUGAUGUUCCAGCAACACGGGUUGAACCGGAAGGUGGUGGUGUAUCAUCAUCCACACCAGCACACUACCUGUCCCUAAAUCUUGGAGCAAUGCAUUCCAGUAAUGCAGAGGACGGACCGAGCAUCUACCCUUUGUCAGGAGAGAUGGAGCUCGAGAUUGGGUUAAAAUUUCCUAAUCGGGAAACACCGAUGCUAGCAGUCAAAAACUAUAACAUCCGCAGGAGUGCAGAAUAUAAGGUGGUAGAGUCAGACCAAACUAGUUGCUUGGCAAGUUCAGUGUCUCAAGACCACGCUCAACUAGAUAGCAAUGUCAUCUGUCAACACAUAUUUUCCAUGGUGCAUGCUGAUGCGACAAUAUGUGUAAAGGUAUUGCAAGGAUCGGUAGAGUCAGCGUACGGUUACAAGGUGUCAUACAAGAAGGUUUGGCACGCGAAGCAAAAGGCAAUCGCAAGGAUCUAUAGUGAUUGGGACGAGUCGUAUGACCAGCUGCGUAGAUACCUCAAUGCUCUGCAAGCUUUCAUCCCAGGGACAAUUGUUGACCUCGAAACGCGGCCGUACUAUGUCGGAAACAGACUUGACCGUGAAAGUGUCAUGUUUCACCAGGUUUUUUGGUCGUUCCCUUCAUGUGUUGAAGCUUUUAGGCACUGUAAACCACUUGUGUCAGUGGACGGAACACACCUGUAUGGUAAGUACGCAGGCACCCUUCUCAUGGGCAUAGAACAGGACGGCAAUAACAACAUUCUACCGGUGGCUUUCGCACUUGUCGAGAGAGAGAACACAGAUUCAUGGUACUUCUUCCUCACCAAUUUGAGGAGGCAUGUCGCAACUCGGCCAGGAGUGCUGCUUAUAUCCGACAGGCAUGCGGCAAUAAAGGCCGCAUUGGAGCGUGAGGGGUGUGGAUGGGAACACAAUGUGUAUUGUGUACGACAUAUUGCCUCCAACUUCGCAACCAGUUUCAAGAGUAAGGAAGCCAAAAGACACCUGGUUAAUGCUGCAUAUUCGAAGACGCAAGAGCAGUCGCAGUACUACCUGGAGCUUAUCAGUAGCGAGGAUCCGGUUACAUCUCCGCAGAUGAUAGAGUGGAUUCGAGGGUUAGAGCCACCUAAAUGGCUGCAGCACCUUGAUGAGGGCCGACGAUAUGGUCACAUGACGACCAAUCUUUCUGAGUGUAUCAACUCUGAGCUGAAGGGCACUAGAAAUUUACCAGUCUGUGCAAUUGUCAAGUCUACUUACCAUCGCCUGAAUGAGUUAUUCGUCCUCAAGGGUCGGCAAGCACAAGCGCAGAUUGCAAGCGGUCAGGUGUUCUCACAGUUCUUGCAAAAAGUCAUACUAGCGAACCGUGAGGGGAUUCCACAGAUGUUAGUGACGUCAUACGAUAGGAAUACUACUAUUUUCACGGUUGACGAGAUAGCUGAUGUAGGGGUGCAGUCACGGUUCCGGGUUAACCUUCAGUACCGCAGAUGUGACUGUGGUUUCUUCCAGACGUUACACUAUCCCUGUGCACAUGCUUUGGCCGCUUGCGCAUAUGCGAGAUUGGACUGGCAACAGUACGUUGAUUUAGUCUACCGUGUUGAGAGCUGUGAGGGUAAUAGCACAUAA